AUGAGCGGCCCACUACAUACCCAGGCGGCCGUCGAGUCUGAAGACAUGGAGCAACAAAUCUCCUUGCACUAUCAUGUACUCAAAACCGCUCUUGCUAUAUUCACCGCUCCAUAUCGCCGCGCCUUCAGACUGUACACCUGGAGACCACUCAAGGAGAUACGAGCUGCAAAAGGAGACAGCAAGGUGCUGAUACCGCUGAUCAAAGAUUGGAAGGAGGACAAGUAUGGUGAACUUCAAUCUGUUCAAGUUGCGGCAACCUUCUGCGGCGGCGCCAACCUCUCAAUAUUGUCCUACGCCAGUACUUCGGACUCGAUAUGGAUCGCAGACGCGUUGUGGUUCAGCUCGCUCAUAUGCAGCAUAUGGGCUAUUGUGACGACUAUCCAAACGAAGUCCAUCCUAGACGACCUGCCCGCACGUGAGGAGUUGAACUUUUCUCUUCCCGAGUAUGAAGUACAGCGUGUACAACGGACGAUCUUGCGAUACACAAAGACGCCUGGUAUCAACCACUGGAUUAUGGUGUUUGUGUGGCAGUUCCCGUCCAUGACUAUGGCGUAUGCAUGGUGUACCUUUCUCGGCGGACUUACGGUGUAUAUGUGCACACCUUUCAUUCAAAAUUUGCCGUGGCAGGAUCGACACAAGGUUGCGAUUGCCUACCUGGUUGUGGGAUUCAUCGGGCUUGUCACCUACGUCCUCUCCACGGCUUUCGUCUACGUAGGAGAGAAGGACUUCGAGCGUUCUGUCGCCAGCUCUCAUAUUAGCACAUGCAUUACCGCGAACGAGCUCGAGGCUGGCAUACAACUCAGCGGUGCUGGAAACUCGACCAACAAGACUAAUAACGCUAGUGUCGAAGAGACGUUUGAGAACGCACGUGCGGAGGCGUUCAUCGGGUAUGAACACGAGGAGCGAGCCAAGAAGAAACCAGAGAGAGCAGAGAAAGCAUUAAGGAGACAGUUGUUGUAUUAG